AUGGCACUGCAAGUGGAGCUGAUACCAACCGGGGAGAUCAUCCGUGUGGUUCAUCCCCACAGGCCCUGCAAGCUCGCCCUGGGCAGUGACGGGGUGCGGGUGACCAUGGAGAGUGCACUGACCGCCCGUGACCGGGUUGGGGUACAGGAUUUUGUGCUGCUGGAGAACUUCACCAGUGAGGCGGCCUUCAUCGAGAACCUGCGGCGGCGGUUCCGGGAAAACCUCAUUUAUACCUACAUUGGCCCCGUCCUGGUCUCCGUCAACCCCUACCGGGACCUACAGAUCUACAGCCGGCAGCACAUGGAGCGUUACCGUGGUGUCAGCUUCUAUGAAGUGCCCCCCCACCUGUUCGCAGUGGCAGACACUGUGUACCGGGCACUGCGCACAGAACGCCGGGACCAGGCCGUGAUGAUCUCUGGGGAGAGUGGGGCAGGCAAGACGGAGGCCACCAAGAAGCUGCUGCAGUUCUAUGCGGAGACCUGCCCAGCCCCCGCACGGGGGGGUGCUGUGCGUGACCGGCUGCUGCAGAGCAACCCUGUGCUGGAGGCCUUUGGAAAUGCCAAGACCCUGCGGAAUGAUAACUCCAGCCGCUUUGGGAAAUACAUGGACGUGCAGUUUGACUUCAAGGGUGCCCCCGUGGGUGGCCAUAUCCUCAGUUACCUCCUGGAGAAGUCCCGGGUGGUGCACCAGAAUCACGGUGAGAGGAACUUCCACAUCUUCUACCAGCUGUUGGAGGGGGGCGAAGAGGAGACGCUACGCAGGCUGGGCUUGGAGCGGAACCCCCAGAGCUACUUGUACCUGGUGAAAGGCCAGUGUGCCAAAGUCUCCUCCAUCAAUGACAAGAGUGACUGGAAGGUGGUCAGGAAGGCUCUGAACGUCAUCGACUUCACUGAGGAUGAAGUGGAGGACCUACUGAGCAUCGUGGCCAGUGUCCUGCAUUUGGGCAACAUCCACUUUGCUGCCAAUGAGGAGAGCAAUGCCCAGGUCACCACUGAGAACCAGCUCAAGUAUCUGAUCAGGCUCCUUGGUGUGGAAGGCUCGACGUUGCGGGAAGCCUUGACACAUAGGAAGAUCAUCGCCAAAGGAGAAGAGCUCCUGAGCCCACUGAACCUGGAACAGGCCGCAUACGCGCGAGAUGCUCUUGCCAAGGCUGUAUACAGUCGCACUUUCACCUGGCUGGUUGCGAAAAUCAACAGGUCACUGGCCUCCAAGGACACUGAGAGCCCCAGCUGGCGGAGCACCACAGUCCUUGGGCUCCUGGACAUUUAUGGCUUUGAGGUGUUUCAGCACAACAGCUUUGAACAAUUCUGCAUCAAUUACUGCAACGAGAAGCUGCAGCAGCUCUUCAUCGAGCUCACCCUCAAGUCCGAACAGGAGGAAUAUGAGGCUGAGGGCAUUGCGUGGGAGCCUGUCCAGUAUUUCAACAAUAAGAUCAUUUGUGACUUGGUGGAGGAGAAGUUCAAGGGCAUCAUCUCCAUUUUGGAUGAGGAGUGUCUGCGCCCUGGGGAGGCCACGGAUCUGACCUUCCUGGAGAAGCUGGAGGACACCAUCAAGCACCAUCCACACUUCUUGACGCACAAGAUGGCCGACCAGCGGACCAGGAAAUCUCUGGGCCGCGGCGAGUUCCGCCUUCUGCAUUAUGCUGGGGAGGUGACCUACAGCGUGACUGGGUUUCUGGAUAAGAACAACGACCUUCUCUUCCGGAACCUGAAGGAGACCAUGUGCAGCUCGGAGAAUCCCAUUAUGAGCCAGUGCUUCGACCGGAGUGAACUCAGUGACAAGAAGCGGCCAGAGACGGUUGCCACCCAGUUCAGGAUGAGCCUCCUGCAGCUGGUGGAGAUCCUAAAGUCCAAGGAGCCCGCCUACAUCCGCUGCAUCAAGCCCAAUGAUGCCAAGCAGCCCGGCCGCUUUGACGAGGUCCUGAUCCGGCACCAAGUGAAGUACCUGGGGCUGAUGGAGAACCUGCGCGUGCGCAGAGCCGGCUUUGCCUAUCGUCGCAAAUACGAGGUUUUCCUGCAGAGGUACAAGUCGCUUUGCCCAGAGACAUGGCCCACAUGGGCAGGGCGGCCCCAGGAUGGGGUGGCUGUGCUGGUCAGACACCUCGGCUACAAGCCAGAGGAGUACAAGAUGGGCCGGACCAAGAUCUUCAUCCGCUUCCCAAAGACCCUGUUUGCCACAGAGGAUGCCCUGGAGGUCCGGCGGCAGAGCCUGGCCACGAAAAUCCAGGCUGCCUGGAGGGGCUUUCACUGGCGGCAGAAAUUCCUCCUGGUGAAGAGAUCAGCUACCUGCAUCCAGUCGUGGUGGCGUGGAACGCUGGGUCGGAGGAAGGCAGCCAAGCGGAAGUGGGCAGCAGAGACAAUCCGGCGGCUCAUUCGUGGCUUCAUCCUGCGCCAUGCACCCCAUUGCCCCGAGAAUGCCUUCUUCCUGGACCAUGUGCGUACCUCUUUUUUGCUCAACCUGCGGCGGCAGCUGCCCCGGAACAUCCUGGACACCUCCUGGCCCACGCCCCCACCUGCCCUGCAUGAGGCCUCGGAGCUUCUACGGGAGUUGUGCAUGAAGAACAUGGUAUGGAAAUACUGUAGGAGUAUCAGCCCUGAGUGGAAGCAGCAGCUGCAGCAAAAGGCCGUGGCCAGUGAGAUCUUCAAGGGCAAAAAGGAUAAUUACCCCCAAAGUGUCCCGAGGCUCUUCAUCAGCACACGGCUCGGUACAGAUGAGAUCAGCCCCAAAGUGCUGCAGGCCCUAGGCUCUGAGCCCAUCCAGUAUGCAGUGCCUGUAGUGAAAUAUGACCGCAAGGGCUACAAGCCUCGCCCCCGGCAGCUGCUGCUGACACCCAGUGCCGUGGUCAUCGUGGAGGAUGCCAAAGUCAAGCAGAGGAUCGAUUACGCCAACCUGACCGGGAUCUCCGUCAGCAGCCUGAGCGACAGCCUCUUUGUGCUUCAUGUACAGCGUGAGGACAAUAAGCAGAAGGGGGACGUGGUGCUGCAGAGUGACCAUGUGAUUGAGACACUGACUAAGACGGCCCUCAGUGCCGACCGUGUGAACAACAUCAACAUCAACCAGGGCAGCAUCACAUUUGCAGGGGGCCCCGGCAGGGAUGGCAUUAUCGACUUCACACCCGGCUCGGAGCUGCUCAUCACCAAGGCCAAGAACGGGCACCUGGCUGUGGUGGCCCCACGACUGAAUUCUCGGUGA